CCCACCAUGGCGCUGACCACAGACCAGAAGCUGCUCAAAAAGACAAAGUUUCCUCCCGAAUUCAACAAGAAAGUCGACAUCGAGAAAGUCAACCUUGACCUGAUCAAGAAUUGGAUCGCAGGCAAGCUUCAGGCAUAUGGCGCCGAUGAUGACAUUGUCACAGAAAUGAUAUUCAACUACCUUGAACAAGGCCGAUUUCCCGACAUCAAGUCUCUCCAAAUCACAAUCCAAGGGUUUUUCCCGGACAACUGCCCAGCUUUUUGCAAGGAACUCUGGCAGUUGAUGUUGAGUGCUCAGGAUAGUCCGACGGGCAUUGCACAGGAAAUGGUCGAAGCCAAAAAGGCUGAACUCAAGAAACAGGAGGCUGAAAAAGAGAAGCGCCGUAGAGAACACGAAGACAUUAUCGAUGUAUUCCGCCGCGAUGAGAAGAACGAUAACCGACCUCGCAAUGAACCUCAAGGAGGACGCGGACGAGGGCUAGGAUCCCGUGGCGGCAGAGGCGAUCGCGAACGCAAUGAUCGUCGGGGCUACCGUCGUGACUCUCGUUCACCACCACGCGACGCAGGACUUGAAAGGCGUCGUAGGGGUUCUCCUCCUCGUCGGCGUGGAUUUGAUAGCUACAUGCCGGGCGGCGGCGACCGUGGUCGUAACCGUGGACGUGGCCGCGAUCGCCGCGACUCUUCUCGAGAACGUAGACGUCCCCGGUCCGGAAGUCGAUCCAGGUCUCCACCACCACGUCGAUCUAGGUCUCCUCCACGUCGCUUCAGGUCUCCUCCGCGUCGUAGCCGCCGAUAUAGCUCUUCGUCUUUGAGCCGCUCUAGCCCUUCUCCACCUCGUCACCGCUCGCGCCGCUCGCGCCGUUCUCCAUCACCCCGCGCUCGGUCUGGUCGGGAUGGCCGGUUAUCUAGACCACCACGAUCGUUGUCUAGGUCCUUGUCACCCGUAGUCCUGAGAUCGAGAACCCCGUCAGGAUCCAUAUCACCUUUCGUGCCAGGGUCCAGGGUGCGACCCCAAUCACCUUUGCCGGCACGAAAUCUCUCGCGCGGUAGAAGUGCUUCACGGUCUGUUUCUCCACCACCCAGACUAGCAAGACAGAGGAGACGAGCACGCUCUUAUUCUUCUUCCGAUGAUUCGAGAGGCGGUAGGGCCGAUGUGAAGAAGCGCAAACAGAAUUCUCGAUCCCCACGGCCAGGCAGCCGAUUUUCGCAAACUCGACGAAAGAGCGACUCCGCAUCGGAUCACAAACGUGAAGACUAG